AUGUUUGGAUCAUGUUCAAGCCUACGGCGAUCAACCCAUCAAACAGGCAAGCACGUCACAACAGUCCACCGCUCUCGUUCUUCCCUCGUUCACCGUACAUUUCCUUUUAUGACUGACAAUAUUCCAACGAUACGGAUUACAGCAGACGAGGUCAAUUGCCUCAUCUACUCUUUUCUGGUCGACUCAGGUGACGGCAUUUUUCGCUCUCGUCCGGCCACGCAAGCCGAUCUGUCUACUUUCUCAGGCUUCAAGCACACCGCGUUCAGUCUGUGCAUGGAAGCCAACCUCGAAAAGUCGCAGAACUUCGUCAAACACAUCCCCCGGGGCGAGCUCGUGGAUCUGCUCAGCAAAGCGCUGCUCUACCGCGAAGUCGAGGCGCACUGGCGGGCGGAUAAUUUGAGCCGGAAUUGCAAAGCGAAUUUCUCUCUCCUUGACGCGCAUGUCUGCUCGCUCGUGCCGACGCGAGUGAUGCCGCAGGCGCUGGCUUCGUCGUAUACGCGCCUGUCGACCGAGGGCAAGCGCAAGGCGAGCCAUUCCGCUCCUGAAGGGCCUGCGGAGAAACGGCUGCGGCAAGACACAUCCUCCGAGGGCGCAGGGAACAGUCAGAAACAGUAUCCGCUUGUGACUUCGGAUCAAUCGGCGUCUACUUCCUCCAAAAGGACCCAGGGUCCGGAGAACUCCGAAACGGACGUUCGAUCCAUCAUCAUGUUGGCUGGCCACCAAACUGAGGCUGGUAUUUUCGUUCCCAGAUCUAAAGACACGAUGGUCAAUCUAUGGAAUCUCCCGCAACCACCACCAGCGGACUCGCCUUACUUUGCGGAACCCCCUCCUAGUGGACCGUACAAAACUCAAAAUUUUAACUCGACCGAUCUUACCGCUCUGCAUUGGAAUCCUGAGGGAACGCUAGUCGCCAUUGCCUCCCUGGACUCUCUGCUACGUGUCUGCUCUUCUGAAGGUGAAGUGUAUUUUACGCACAAUCAGCAUCGCCAAUCUCUUUACGCGGUCCGAUUCUCGCCCACCGGACAAUGGCUGCUGUCAGCCAGUCUCGACGGCUCGAUUUGUCUGUGGGAUGUGGCGAAUAAGCAGUUGAAAACGCAGUAUCCUGUCCACACAGAUUGUUGCCUUGAUGUGGAUUGGAUUUCGGAGAGCAUUUUCGCCAGUUGCGGCGCAGAUCACAUCAUUCAAGUUAUGCAAGUUGGAGUGGAUAAACCUAUUCGGACAUUGCGCGGGCACACACAAGAAGUCAAUCAAAUUAAAGUCAAUCCCGCUGGAACACGUUUAGCGUCCAGCUCGGAUGACAAGACGGUGCGCAUCUGGCCAGUCAACGAGAUUUGUGUACCAGGAGAAAACGGCUCGGAGCCCAACUUUCUCAACUUGGCUGGGCACACACAUUCAGUCAGCGCUGCGUUCUGGUGUCCAGAUCCGGCCGCCGGUGUAAACGAAGUGCUCGCCACCUCGUCCUUCGACCACUCCUCCAAGCUGUGGGAUUCCAGGACUGGCGAAUGUAUCGUCACCUUCUCGGACCACAAGCGCCCCAUUUACACCCUGCGGUUCAAUCCGAUCGGCAAUCUGAUGGCGACUGGCAGUGGAGACGGGUGGGUCCAUGUGUACGACAUCCGGCAACGAGUCCGUGUCUGGUCCUGGUGUGCUGGCGUGGAAAAACCAGGUGUUUUUGAGAUUGACUGGCAGAAUGGAGAGGGGAUCGAUCGCAUGGCAUUGGCUCUGGAGUCGCAGCAGGUUGCGGUUGUGGAUGUGUCUAAGGUUCCGGCGUUGCAGCGGGUUCUUUUCAGCCGCAAAACCCGAGGCAACAUUCCCGAAUCACGAACACGAACACCCUCCGCGUCUCGAGCCUCGUCUCGGCGCCAUCUUAUCACGCGAUCCAUGGCCACGAGCUCAAUAUCGCGAUCGAGCUCAGUCUCGACGAUUCCCGGAUACGUCCUGCGCUAUAGGACGGGCAACCACGCGAUGGACGGCGUGUACUCUAUCUGCGCAGGUCUGCUCGUCCGCGUCGUCGUCGAUGCCGCGACGUUCCACGAUGUCAGGCUGAGUGCCACGCUCGUCGGGCUCUGGGAGGGCGUCAUCCUCCUGCACUACAUGAACAAGGCGCCUGCAUCCUCCGACCCGUACCUCGCCUACGGCGUGCGCCUCUUCGUCGACUUCAUCUUCACGGAGAGCUUCGCGAAGCUGAUGAUCGUCCUGCUCUGGAGCACCCUGGGCAUGGUAAUGGCCGACGUCGCCCCCGGCGUGUGGUCCGACUGGGGCCUGCGGCGGCACUGGAGCGCAGUCCGACGGGAUGCCUAUCACGCAUGGCGCUAUCUUGCUUUCUGGCGCCGCCGAAGCAGCCGUAGCAGCAGCAGCAGCAGCCGCAGCUCGACGGUCCGGUUUGCCAGUGCGCCCACCGUCAUGUCGAGUGCCAGCGCGGCCAGCAGUAUUGCUUCCUUUCGCACGAGGACGUCGGCGGCGCCGACAGUGACGUUCGCGCCCACGGAAUCCUUGGUGUCGUUUGCGCCGACAGAAUCGAUCUACACGUCGCUGGCGCGGUCGAGGACGUCCUCGGCGUCUUCGUCCGCAUCGUCCUCUGUUAGCUCCGUAACAGCUGAAACGGCUGUAACCCCGGCACCGGCACCGACGCCCCCUUCUUUCAGACGCCGAAAAUCUCCUCCGGGCCAUCUGUCUGGUGUCGGGAUGUCUGAGACGGCUUCUGAAGUGAGCACGGCAGUCCGCACUCUUCCUGGCGUUUCCAGCAAUUCCGCGACGACGCCGUCGCUGGCCUCGCACAUCACGAUUUCACGAAUUAUUCCUCUCCAGACACGGACGUCUGAGGACACGUACACGUUCACGGCGACUUCGCGAUCGACUUCGCCCACCUCCUCGCUCGAUUACUCGGACGAUCCCUCUGCGACGAAUCCCGUGGAAAUUCCGUCGGACAUGGAGGAUGAUACGGUCGUGCAAGCCAUGGGCGGGCGGUUGAUCGACUUCGAGCGCGCGGACGUCACCCCCAAGAACUCGCCGAGACACAUCCCGAUGUUUCUCCCGCCGACGCCGUCGGAGUCGAUGAACGACUGGACCAGCGAGUCGGGGCUCGACGAGGACGUCCCCCCUUCGCCGUGGAUGCCUGUGAUCCCUGAUGUGCCGCCCCUCGAUCUCGAAGAGGAGUGGGAGCAGGUUGAUCCGCCGACGCCGCCACAGGAAGAACCUGCGGAGGGUGCAUUGUCCGAUGCUGCUUCGACGAUUGCGGCUGGACCCCGGGAACAGGAUCUGACCAAUGUGGAUGCUGUCGCUGAGGAGAUUGUCCAGCCAGAAGAGAUUGUCCAGCCGAAAGAGAUUGUCCAGCCGAAAGAGAUUGUCCAGCCGAAAGAGAUCGUCCAGCCGAAAGAGAUCGUCCAGCCGAAAGAGAUCGUCCAGCCGAAAGAAAUUGUCCAGCCAGAAGUGACUCCCCAGCCUGCCGAAGAUCACGAAGCCGUUCCCAUCCCCAUGCCCCAGUCCCGGGACUCUCAAGCUCUCGAAUCGCCGACCGCUGAACUUGCGAACCCGUUCGAAGCUCCUGCUGCCAGAAUCGUUGAGCGGCUGCCGUCAUCGACACCUCCUUCGGGUCUGCAGCGUCCCGUGACGGAAGAUUACACGACUCGCACGCCGCCUCCAUCAUUCGAGGACCUGUAUGGAUCCGAUCCCGAGCCUUAUAAUAUGCAUCCGGUUCCCAUUCCGGAACCGGAAAUGACCCUCGAGCCGCACGAGGAAGAAGAGGCCGGUCCGUCAUCCCUGUCGUCUGUGCGAGAUGCGCUGUCUCUGCGACGAGAGGCCUUGAGCCUGACGGCGCAGAUCGCGACCCUCACGAAACAGCGCAAAAGCUGCCUGCCGUCGUCCGGGAUUUUCACGGAAACGGGAGAUCAGCUCGAGCACGCGGAGAAGGAGCUGGCGCGGCUCAGCGCACAGGCUGAUGGUGCCUUUGUUGGAGUUUUCACACUUCCUCCGGCAUCGUUGUACGAGUUGGACACGGCGGGACUGGAGCCGCAAGUUGCUGUGCAGAAGACGGAGGAGCGGCUCGAGAGGCUGCUGCUCACGCCGGUCCCUCCGGCCGGCACGACCCCAGAAGAUCUGGCGCACGAUUCGCCUAACCGGGGCACACUGCGCGUGACGAUGGAGCAGACGCUCCAAGGGCGGUUCGUGAAGCAGCGGUUGCUGGAUGCGCUCAACGGGAACGGCUUGACCUGGCAGGAAGACCCCGCGAAACCGAACGUGGUGUUCGUCAACCUGCCGAUGUCCGUCGACCCGGAGCCCGAGCAGCUCGAGGCUGAGCUGGAGCCCGUCGACGAUCCUUCCGCCGGCCUGAAGGACGACGGGGACGGCGACAGUCGCUCGAUCAGAGACUACUGAAUUGAUGAUCCCUUAUGAUGAUGAAUGUUCCACGGCUAUCUUAUACGGCUCCUCGGAAAUGACCACGCUAUCGACUUUUUUCUUGUACGAAGUCCUCGCCGUUGUGUAUAUACUGUUUUCUCUCUCUCUCUUAUUACGCUUUUGUAUAUGUUGUACGUACUCGCUUUCCGUGCGCUCGGAGGGCGGUUGUUCAAUCUCGGAUGGUGUUAAGUACUGA